CGUGAAACGGAACGCAACCUAUGUAUAUCCGCGUAAUCGCAGUUUCAGCUGUUGUGAAUUUUGUCCUCUGUUGUCAUUUUUUAAUAGAUUUCUCGUUUUACACUCGACCGUUCAGGUCGAUUGGAGAUACAAUGGUGGAAGAGAUUAUCAAUCCCAGCAAUAAACCAAAAAACAAAACUACUCGACCUCGUCCGGUUUACUUGUGGAAUGUGUUGGAUGUGCAAAAGUGGCUCAGACGACACUGCAGUGACUAUUAUCAGUUAUAUCAUGAGAAAUUCUUGCACCAUGACAUUACAGGAAGGGUAUUGUUAAGAAUAAACGAAAAUAUCUUACUGCGACUGGGUAUCGAUAAUGAACAACACAGGAUGGAUAUAUGGAGAGAAAUUAUGAAACUGCUUCUUAAGACAAACAUGCUAGAGAUCAGAGAGUUAGAGCGACGUAAUAAUAUGAAUUUUGACUAGAAUGCCUAAGAUCAUUUUAUACAUUUUUUAAUUACAUAAUAUUAAUCUAUUUUAUAUUAUUUAUUAAUAUAAUAUUAUAUUUAAUGAUAUUUAUAUAUUAAUCUGUAUAUAUUAUGAUACAUGUAUAAAUAUAUAUUUAUAUUUUA